AUGGAAUUUCAACGGAACGGUCAAGGGUUGGAGUUGGGACUAUCGUUUUCUUGCUCUCGUGAAGUGCAUGUGAAGCUUGCUGAGAGAUCUGAGCUUGAAAAUUGUGCCUUGUGGUGUUUGAACCUGUUGGGUAGCGGCGCUGUUGUGUGGUCAACAAAGUUCCUUCCUUUUGGUUCUUUGGUUUGUUUAAUGGGUUCCGGUGAAUGUUCGGUUGUGUUUAUGGAGUAUGUGGUGGGGGGUUUUGGUGGUUGA